AUGACUGUUAAAAAAGAAGGGGUUCUAAAUGUCGAAGAGCUGACUAGCAAGUUGAAUGAACUAUCGUUUGGUUUGAAUCAGCAAUAUCUCGAUGUAGGUGAAGUGGUCAGAAAGGCAUCGAAGGCAGUACCGCAUUCGGCGACAGAAGCUCAAAUUGUGGAAUACGUGGCACAAACUUUGGCCUCAUUGACAAGUAUCCAUCCGGACUAUUCGGUGUUAGCUGCUAGAUUGGAAAUUGCUGAGCUUCACCAUAAAUUAAGGGGAAUCAGUUUCACACACAACUUAGAAAUAUUGAGAGAAGGAUCUCGUAGAAAUUUUACUGACCAAAAGGAUGACCUUCGUGAUAGAAAGCGUUCCAAGACAACAAGAGUUCCGAAUAAGAGUAUAAUUUCGCCAGAAUUUUAUGAGAUGGCUUUGAAACAUGAGGAACGUCUCAAUAGCAGUAUUGUAGUUGAGAGAGACUUUCACUUCACUUACUUUGGAUGGAAGACCUUGUGUCAGUCCUACCUUAUAAAGAAAGACUCCGAAGAUGUGCAUGAAACACCUCAAUUUCUAUUCAUGAGAGUCGCUCUAGCGAUUCAUGGACCAUAUUCGGAUAUUGAUUCAGUAGUAGAGACUUAUGAACUAAUGUCAAAGCGCUAUUUCAUUCAUGCCUCACCGACUUUAUUCAAUGCAGGUACAGUGAACCAGUACUUGUCGUCAUGUUUUCUUGUGGGAAUGAUAGAGGACUCUAUAGAUGGUAUUUUCAAGACACUUCACAAGACAGCCAUGAUUUCCAAAGCUUCAGGUGGUAUUGGCCUUCAUGUUUCCAACAUUAGAUCAAAUGGGGCGCUUAUAUCAGGUAGCAAUGGUGUGUCGAGCGGCUUGGUUCCAAUGCUUCGCGUUUUCAAUAACACUGCAAGAUAUGUAGAUCAGGGUGGCAACAAGAGGCCCGGAGCUUAUUGCAUAUAUCUCGAGCCAUGGCAUGCGGACAUCCUUGAUUUUCUACAGCUUCGAAAGAACCACGGUAAAGAAGAAAUGAGAGCCAGAGAUCUGUUUUUUGCGCUGUGGAUACCUGACCUGUUCAUGAGGCGGGUCGAGUCCAAUGGCGAUUGGUGUUUGUUUAGUCCAGAUGAGGCCCCUGGACUAUGCGAUGUGUACGGCAAAGAAUUUGAUGACUUAUAUGAGCAUUAUGAAACGAAUGGUUUACCAAUGAAGCGGAUCAAGGCUCAAAAACUAUGGUCUGAGAUUUUACAAAGUCAAAUUGAGACAGGAGGUCCUUUCAUGUUGUACAAAGACUCUUGCAAUGAGAAAUCAAACCAGAAGAAUUUGGGGACCAUCAGAUCGUCAAACCUUUGUUGUGAGAUUAUUGAGUACAGUUCUAAGGACGAAACAGCUGUCUGUAACCUUGCUUCUGUUGCUUUACCUUCUUUUGUUAAGCAUGUUGAGGGCAAAGGAAGUAUUUUCGAUUUCAAGAAGCUUCAUUCUGUUGUUAAGCUAAUAACCCGUAAUUUGGAUCGUUUAAUUGAUAUUUGUGAUUAUCCGGUUGAAGACGCAAGAUACAGCAAUGAGAAGAAUCGUCCACAGGCAAUAGGUGUUCAGGGAUUGGCUGACGUUUUUUUCAUACUGAAAAUAUCAUUUGAAUCUGAAGAGGCAAGUACACUGAAUAGACAAGUUUUCGAAACCAUAUAUCAUGGGGCUGUUGAAGCUUCAGUCGAGCUUGCUGAGAAAUUAGGAUCCUACAGAAGUUUUGAAGGUUCGCCAGCAAGUAAAGGCUUGCUACAGUUCGAUUUUUGGGAAAAGUCUGGAGAACAUUACGAAUACCUGUAUAAUGAUUGGGAUCAAUUGAAGCAGAAGAUCAGCAAAGGGACAGGUCUCCGAAACUCGCUUCUGGUAGCACCAAUGCCAACGGCAUCCACUUCUCAAAUAUUGGGAAACACUGAAUCGUUCGAGCCAAUGACUUCUAACGUAUACACGAGAAGAGUAUUAAGUGGGGAAUAUAUCAAUGUAAACCGUUACAUGGUGGAACAUUUUUGUCAGCUGGGGAUUUGGAAUGAAAAACUGAAGAAUAAAAUUAUUAUGGAUAAUGGGUCUGUGCAGAACAUCAAAGGACUGCCUGAUUCGAUCAAAAAGCUGUAUAAGACAGUUUGGGAAAUUCCACAGAGAAAACUAAUCGAUAUGGCUCGAGCCAGAUCUCCCUUCAUCGAUCAAUCACAAAGUUUGAACCUCUAUUUGAAAGCACCUACGAUGGGGAAAUUGACUGGUAUGCAUUUUCAUGCAUGGAGACAAGGUUUGAAAACAGGGAUGUAUUACUUGAGAACCCAAGCAGCGUCUGCGGCAAUUCAAUUUACCAUCAACCAGGAAAACACGCUGAUGGGUGAAAUCGAAAUUGAUGAGAAAAAGCUUGAGUCUGGAAUGAGUCCGAUCCUGGGCAAGUACUCUGAAAAUACCAAUUCAAAGCUAUAUAUUGAUUUUUUCGAUAAAGAUGGGACUUCGAUCGAAACAAUAGAGGAAGAGUGUAAGGUUUCGACAGACGAUGAUGUGUAUGGGAUUCACGAUACUACGCCCGUAAGUUGUAAUAUUAUGGAUAGGGAGCUUUGCGAAAGCUGUUCGGGAUGA